GACGAACAUAUCUUGGAUUUUGCUCAUAAGGGGUUGAUUAUGAAACGACGCAAAAAGUGAAAGUGAAACAACUUCCUUGAAAUGUUCAUGAUGAUGUAGUUUGUCUCUCUUUCCAGUUGUUGUUCUCUAGUUCUUAAAUUGUUGUGUCUCUUUCUCAGCUAGGUCUUUUGACGGUGUUACUCAAUAAAGGCUAAGACAUUUUAGACUAUCUUCACUGCUCGGCAGUGGCAUCACCACUAGGGCUAGUUGUCGAACGAAGCAACCUCUUCUUCAACUUCUAAUCUACGAACGCUUCUAUUAGGCUAUCGCUGGCUUUCGGAGUCGGAGUUUAGAGUAUGGCAAACGAAGUAUAGAAAUGCUCGUGGGUCUGUUGAUGGACCUGGAGAGGGAUCGACUCUGCCAGCAGAGAAGGAAGGAGGACAAGGCGACGGUAG